UGGGGGCGUACUCCUUCGUCGCCGAGUGGUGUGCGAGCGACUGGGCCGUCUCGAAAACUGUCUCGUGGGUAGACUCAAACAUAUUAUUGAUAUUGACCAUAGUGCAUAUCUAUUUUGGUUCAUUGUUGAAUAAUACAUUUAACGAUACUGUUAUAUUUCUAGAAAAGAUAGAGAAUGGCUGCUGCCGCUGAGGUGAAUGGUACUUCUGCCCUGGUGAGGGAGGAAGAGGAGCCUAUGGAAGUCACUGCCGAAGGCGAGCACACAGAGAACUACCAGACACUCAUCGACGCUGGACUGCCUCAGAAAGUGGCCGAGAGUCUCGACAACGUAUUCUCAACUGGCUUGGUGGCGUACGCUGACCUGGAUGAGAGGGCCAUUGAUGCUCUGCGGGAGUUCAAUGAAGAGGGAGCGCUGUCUGUACUGUUGCAGUUCAAAGAAAGUGACCUGUCCCAUGUGCAGAACAAAAGUGCUUUCCUUUGUGGAGUCAUGAAGACGUACAGACAGAGGGAAAAGCAGGGAAGUAAAGUACAAGAAUCCACCAAGGGUCCCGAUGAGUCCAAGAUCAAGGCUCUGUUGGAGCGGACAGGAUACACCUUGGACGUCACCACGGGACAGAGGAAAUAUGGAGGGCCCCCACCAGAGGAAGUGUUCCAGGGAGCACAGCCUGGGAUUGGAACUGAGGUGUUUGUGGGAAAGAUCCCCAGAGAUCUGUAUGAAGACGAGCUGGUGCCAUUGUUUGAGAAGGCGGGAACAAUCUGGGACCUGAGGCUAAUGAUGGACCCUCUGUCGGGUCAGAACCGGGGAUACGCCUUCAUCACCUUCUGCGGCAAGGAUGCAGCAGCUGAGGCGGUGAAACUUUGUGAUAACUAUGAAAUCCGGUCUGGGAAAUACCUUGGAGUGUGCAUAUCUGUCGCAAACAACCGCCUGUUUGUUGGAUCUAUCCCAAAGAACAAGACCAGAGAGAGCAUAUUGGAGGACUUUGGCAAAGUCACAGAGGGGCUUCAGGAAGUGAUCCUCUACCACCAGCCGGACGACAAGAAGAAGAACCGUGGCUUCUGUUUCCUGGAGUACGAGGACCACAAGUCUGCAGCCCAGGCCCGUCGCCGCCUGAUGAGUGGCAAGGUGAAGGUGUGGGGGAACCCGGUCACUGUGGAGUGGGCUGACCCGGUCGCUGAGCCCGACCCAGAUGUCAUGGCGAAGGUGAAAGUCCUGUUUGUCAGGAAGCUAGCCACCCCGGUCACAGAGGAGCUACUGGAGAAGACCUUCUCUGCGUUUGGAAAGCUGGAGCGGGUGAAGAAGCUCAAAGACUACGCCUUUGUUCACUUUGAGGACAGGGACGCAGCUGUGAAGGCAAUGGCAGAAAUGAAUGGGAAGGAGCUGGGGGGAGAGGAGAUUGAGAUAGUCCUGGCCAAGCCCCCUGACAAGAAAAGGAAAGAGAGGCAGGCUCAGCGCCAGACCACCAGAAACCCAGGGUAUGAUGACUAUUACUACUACCCACCGCCACGCAUGCCUCCACCAGGUAGGGGCAGGGGCCGUGGUGGCAGAGGAGGCGGUGGCUACGCCGCCUACCCCCCAGACUACUACAGCUACGAGGACUACUACGAUGACUACUACGGCUACGACUAUCAUGACUACCGCGGUGGUUACGAGGACCCGUACUACGGUUACGACGAUGUGUACAGCAUGAGGGGCCGUGGCAGCCGCCCCAGCAGGGGAGGCCCACCCAGGACCCGCGGAGCACAACCCACACGGGGCCGAGGGGGCUAUACCCAGAGGGGGCCACCCAUCGGCGGGCCCAGGGGUGGCAGAGGAGGGGGCCGUGGGGGACCAUUCCAACCACAGAGGGGCCGAGGUACCCGAGGAGCCAGGGGGAACCGCGGGGGCAAUGUGGGCGGGAAGAGGAAGGCGGAUGUCUUCAACCAGCCUGACUCCAAGCGCCGGCAGAUCAACCAGCAGAACUGGGGGUCCCAGCCCAUCGCCCAGCAGCCCCUGCAGCAAGGGGCCGACUAUUCCGGUAACUAUGGUUACAGUAAUGACACCCUGGAGUUUUCACAGGAUUCUUAUGGGCAGCAGUGGAAGUAGACGCAUCAAAAAAGGUAUUUGGCAAAAUAAAAACAAAAAGUACAGGGGGAGAAAACAAGGAGAUUGGCGCAAUUUUUUUGAUUGACUUUUUAUUCUUCAUCCCUCGCGGAAAAAAAAAAAUUCACUGAGAAAAAAAUGGACAGACACCCCCAGAAUUGGCACAUGAUUGGCUGGAAUUGCAUUUUGGCCUGAAGAUGUGAAUGUAACCGUUUUGCUGAAUCAUUUCUUACUCUUACGGUUACAUGGGACAAAUGUCUUAAAACACACAUCACUUUUACCUUCCAACAUUUUGUUUGUUUAUUUUAAAGCCAACAAUGAGCAUUUUAAAUGUGGACAAUUCAUUUUCAAAAGUCUGAGGACAUUAAAAUCAUGAUCUUGCCUUGCAGGAAAGUUUGUGUCCAAGCCCCUCCCUCCCCUACCUGUAUUCCCCUUAUUUCUGGUUUCUAAUAGUGGCAUAGUGACUUGCUUGUAAAUAAUUGCUUAUGGCUAGAGCUUCAUAUUCAUUUUUUGCCGUGAUGGAGAAAAGAAUCCACAGGAAGUAGAAAAAUUGAACGUUUUGUAAUGUUAAGUGUAUGUCAAGCAUUUCUAGAGGUAGAUCAAUUGUGUUUUUUAAAACUGAUAUUAUUAUUAUUAUAACUUCCUAUGUUUUCUUUGAACUUGCCCGUUAGUUUGGUUUGGCUUACCUUAAAAGCCAUUGCAGUUUGUUCUGAUGUUUGUAUUUAUAACUUUUACGUUUGUUCCGUUUCAAUAAAACUCAGUUGAGCAUUAUUCAAUUGUCAGAUACCUUCAAAUUCAA